AUGGCGGUGAUGGACGGUGGUCGUGCAGCGAAAAGAGCUAGGCGUAGCAACAGAAUCUCAGCCGAUCUCUACGAUUUCUCCACUUUUCCGGCGGAUGAAGUGGCCGGCGGCGACGGUACCUUGCCGCCGUUCCGCGACGGGGUGAGAUCCUUCCUCGCGAGCCACGCUCGUGUCACUUUCCCAUCCUCGACGCUCUUCUCCAGCCUGAUGACGUGGCAGAUCCUGCUUAGGCCUGGAGAUUCGAUGGACGGUUCAGAUCUCUCCUCUAGAAUCGUCUCCUUGGACGUUGUGGAGGAGGAUGUAACCAGAUCCUCUAGAUCCGUUUACUGUGAUCACUGCAGAGUCGUUGGUUGGAGUAGCCAUCCAGUUUGCAGAAAGAGGUACCACUUCAUCAUAAGGUCAGGAGGAGACAGUAAGAGCUUGAACAUUGGGUUGCAAAAGGCUUGCUCUAGGUGCGGUAAUACACAAAACUUGUCGGAAGGCAGCAACUGCAAAUGGUGCAGCUUGGCUCUGGACGUUGAAGACUGGAUUUACUCUCAGCUUGACGACAACACUCACCUCCUUCACGGAGUUAUCCACUCCAACGGCUACGCCCAUCUCUUGUCUCUCAACGGAAGAGAAGGUGGUUCUGGUUUUUUGACUGGUCGUGCCAUUAUGGACUUUUGGGACAGGCUAUGUUCUUCACUUGCUGUUCGGAAGUCGAGUGUGAUGGAUGUGUCAAGGAAAUACGGGCUAGGUUACAGGCUGCUUCAUGGGGUGACUAAUGGGUGUUCUUGGUACAGUGAGUGGGAUUAUGAAUUCAAAUCUGGGAGUUAUGCUCUCACUAGAGAAGCUUACCAGAAUGCUGUGAAUACUUUAUCUGCGAUACCCCUCUCUGAGUUUUUGUUUCAAGGGAGGAGGCCAAGAACUCAGCUCCACUCCACUAUUGGCUUCUACCAGUCGCUUUCGUGUUCAGAGCUUGUGACUGUGAGAGAUCUCUUCUCCUUUCUGCUACAGCUGAUUCGUGAGAACCGAUCAAAGUCUGCAUCUAAGCCUUCGGAUGUACUGUGUGCUUGGACUAGGAGUGAUGUGGAACGUGUACAGCAAGCAAUGGUUAAGAUAAUGAAAGCUGCAGGAGGUAACCAAGCCAGCUGGGUUACCCGGUGGGCUCUCAAAAGGUCUAUUUGCAAAACUGCCUCGCCACAGCUGAUUGAUUACUGUCUCAAGCAUUUUGGAGGGGUGUUGGUGGAUGAUGAAUCUCGAGUAGUCUGCUCCCGUUGUAAUCCUAGUUCAAACGAUUUUGAGUACAGGCUUGAACCUGUCAACAAUGUGCACCGCUUAUCUAAUCAAGAUGUAAAUUAUGCAUCAGAGGAGCAUAUCAAACGUGACUUAAGAUAUUUGUAUGACAAUUUAUUGCACCCACAAACCAUGGCCGAGUUUAGGUCUCAGGCAACAAAAGAUAAAAUGAUUGAUGCAGCCACCAAGAUACUUGAUUGUAAGCAUUUCAUAAAAGAUUACCUGUACAGUACGGUUAACCCCUUUGCAAUCAAUCUCUGGUGCCAUGUCGAGCUUUCGGAUGAGUCCAAAGAAGGCCCAUGCCCUCCACCUGAACUGUUGGUUUUGCCAUUGAAUGCAACUGUUUCAGACCUGAAAAUCGAAGCUGCAAAGGCUUUUCAGGAAGUGUAUGAAAUGUUCAAGAGGUUUGAAGUCGAGGAGCUCCUAGGUUAUGGCACACUAGAUGACUCCAUUACCCUGAAAUUUCUAGUUGGCACAAAUGGGGUCAUACGGGUUAAAGGGAGAUGCUCAUCAAAACACAGGCUCCUCCGAUACCGCAUGGAGAGAGGUGUGGAGAAUUGGAAAGUUGAUUGCAAGUGCGGUACUAAGGAUGAUGAUGGUGAGAGGAUGUUGGCAUGUGAUAUGUGUGGUGUGUGGCACCACACUAGAUGUGCCGGGAUCAAGAACUCUGAUGAACUACCUUCCAAAUUCCAUUGUUUCAGAUGCGUUGAUAUGUACAGCAAGAGACCAAGGCAAUCUGAUAAUGAGCAUGGAUCUAGUCAAUUGCCCAAAAAAGCUGGCUUUGUUUGUAGAGGUGAGUCAGCUGCUAUGGGCAGUAGAUCUAAUUUAUCUUUAACACUUAGAGUAGGCUGA